AUGCCAAACAAGAAGGGAACCGGUCUGUUGAUGGUGUGGGCCGACGUGCCCGCCGAAAAAGAGGAUGAUUUCAACGCCUGGUACAACGAAGAACACAUACCCGAACUGCUGGCCAUUCCGGGGAUCCUUAACGCUGCCCGAUAUGAAGCCGUCAAGAGUGGCCCCAAGCACCUGGCCUGCUACGAACUGGAGAGUCCCGCGGUGGUUGAGUCCGACGCCUUCAAAAACCGCCCACCCCGCUCCGACUGGGCUAACCGGGCCUCAGGGCCAGCCAUUGCGACCACUCUGAUCAGCAACGUUUACCAGAUGAUCCAUCCGAACGAGUUGACUUCGGCAAUCGCCGGCGGCGACAUGGCUCCUGCCCUGCAAAUCGGCCGGAUGGACGUGGGUCCGGAGAAUGAGGACGAGUGGAAUAACUGGUACAGCGGUAUUUAUGUACCCAACUACGAAAAGGUGCCCGGCGUUAUCAGGGGCCGCCGGUACAAGUCGGUCCGGGGCACUCCCAUGUACGCCACGGUAUACGAAUUCGAGCACGAAAGGGUUUCCGAGAGUGCGGAAUGGGAAGCGCAGCGCGAUAUUGAUCCGUCCACCGCUCGAAUCCGGCCCAUGAUGACCCACGCAGACGGUUCGCCGGGUGUGUGGACGAAAACGUUUCAGAUAUAG